AUGUUUUACAUAAUUGCACAUGCAGAAGAAACUGGCAAAAUGGAGAGAAGCAAUGUCACAUUUGUGGUGGAAUUCAUUCUUCUGGGAUUUCCUGACCUUCCCAACAUCCAAAGGCUUCUUUUUGGAAUUUUCUUAGUCAUCUAUAUGAGUAUACUGAUAGGAAAUGGCCUCCUUAUUUUUAUAACAACUACUAAUCCUGUUCUCCAAACCCCCAUGUAUUUUUUCCUUGGGAACUUUUCCUUCUUGGAAAUCUGUUACACAUCUGUCAUUAUCCCCAAAAUGCUGGCAGACCUCUGGACCCAAAAGAAAACAAUUUCAUUCCUAGCAUGUGCUGUACAGACUUGCUUCUUUUUUACUCUGGGGGUGGCAGAGUGCUUGCUCCUGGCUGUGAUGGCUUAUGACCGCUAUGUGGCCAUCUGUAAGCCUCUCUACUAUCCUAUCAUCAUGAAUCGCAGGGUAUGUGUUCAGCUGGUGAUUGCCUCCUGGAUUACUGGAAUCCCAGUCCUGAUAGGACUCACAUACCAGAUUUUCUCUCUAAACUUCUGUGGUCCUAACAAACUCAAUCAUAUUUUCUGUGAUGCCCCGCCAUUACUGGGGGUAGCCUGUGGGGACACAUAUCAGAAAGAGCUCUCCGUCCAUAUUUCUGCUCUGCUUUUUGUCAUGAUUCCCUUUCUGUUGAUACUCACAUCCUAUGUCAGAAUCAUCACCACCAUCCUGAAGCUGCCAUCGACCUCAGGCAAAUCUAAAGCCUUCUCUACUUGUUCUUCUCACCUCAUGGUUGUUGGUUUAUUCUAUGGGUCUGGUAGUAUUGUGUAUUUGCGACCCAAAUCCAGUAAUUCAGGCAAUUCAGACAAAAUUUUCUCUCUUAUCUAUACUACUGUGACUCCAGUGUUUAACCCCAUGAUAUACAGUCUCAGGAAUAAGGAUGUAAUUGAUGCACUGAGAAAACUCCUUCCCAAAUGA